ACAAAUAAAAAGUUUGUUGUAGUUGACACGCUGCUUGGUUCCCUUUGAUUCGUGGAACGCCGUCGCCUGAAGCUGCUGCCCCUCGUGAAGUUUUGUUCUGCGCCGUCGUUAGUACGUUGAAUUCACUGCAUUGAUUGAAUUCGGUACAAGUUGUGAUUGGAAUGGAUGGGCAACAUCAGAAGCAAAAGAACAAGUACAGUAUAAUUGUUCCUACAUAUAAUGAGCGUCUCAACAUUGGUCUCAUUGUUUACCUAAUCUUCAAGCACCUUCGGGAGGCUGAUUUUGAAAUUAUCAUCGUGGAUGAUGGGAGUCCUGAUGGUACUCAGGAUGUUGUAAAACAACUGCAGCAAGUUUAUGGAGAAGAUCGAAUCUUGUUAAGAGCACGGCCUAGGAAGCUGGGUUUAGGAACUGCUUAUAUUCAUGGCAUGAAGCAUGCAUCUGGAAAUUUUGUUGUCAUCAUGGAUGCUGAUCUGUCACACCAUCCAAAAUAUUUGCCAGCUUUCAUUAGCAAGCAGUUGGAGACUGGUGCUGAUAUAGUUACAGGGACUCGUUAUGUUAAAGGUGGUGGUGUGCAUGGAUGGAAUCUUAUGCGCAAACUAACUAGCAGGGGAGCAAAUGUUCUUGCACAAACACUUUUAUGGCCCGGUGUCUCAGAUUUGACUGGAUCUUUUAGACUUUAUCGGAAAUCAGUGCUUGAAGAUAUCAUUAGUUGCUGUGUUAGUAAAGGAUAUGUCUUUCAAAUGGAAAUGAUUGUACGAGCAUCCAGAAAAGGAUACCGUAUUGAAGAGGUUCCAAUCACAUUUGUUGAUAGAGUAUAUGGAAGUUCAAAGCUUGGUGGAUCAGAGAUUGUUGAAUACCUGAAAGGCCUAGCAUAUCUUUUGGUGACAACAUAAAAAGAAAAAUCAUAACUCGUGUUGGGGGAGGUGGGGAGGGGGCACUAGGGUAUAAAUUUUAUUCGAUUAACUUUUUGAGGACAUUAGCUUGGCUGCUAGAAUCUGCAUAGUUUCUGUACAAUACAAUCUUUGUCUUUUGAAUCUAUCAAAGGACAUUCUCUGUUUUUAUAACUAUUAACGUGGAUAAUCAAAGGAUAUUCUCUGUGACUCUUCUUAGA